UGCUGCAGGAUGCUUAUUAUCAUCAUGGCUGUCAAACCCAGUGGCGAUUAGAUAAAACAUCAUUUUUAAUGCGAGAUUUACGAGGAUGAGAGGCACCAUGUCCGUUGCGGCGGUCGCGCUGCGGCUCGCUGCGGUGGUCACAAUCUUGUCAAGAGCACAUGCGGAUCGUAACGUCUACCCAUCAGCGGGAGUGCUGUUCGUCCAUGUUCUGGAGAGAGAGCACUUCAAAGCAGAGUUUCCUCCCUACCCCAAAUCCGGUGAUGCCAGCACUGACCCGAUCACUUUCAACACCAACCUGAAGGGCUACCCCGACAGGCCAGGCUGGCUGCGCUACAUCCAGAGGACCCAGCGCAGCGACGGAGUGCUCUACGGAUCCCCCACCGCGACGUAUGCCGGCAAGCCCUCCGUCAUCGAGAUUACGGCCUAUAACAGACGCACUUUCGAGACUGCACGGCACAACUUGGUCAUAAACAUCAUGGGCACCAAAGAGUUCCCUCUGCCCUACCAGGCGGAGUUUUACAUCGGGAACAUGAACGUGGAAGAGAUGCUGGCCAGCGAGGUGCUGGGCGACUUCCUGGGAGCGGUGAAGAACAUAUGGCAGCCUGAGCGCCUCAACGCCAUAAACAUCACCUCGGCGCUGGACCGCGGCGGCCGCGUGCCCCUGCCCAUCAACGACCUCAAGGAAGGGGUGUAUGUGAUGGUUGGCGCUGAUGUUCCCUUCUCGUCGUGCCUGCGAGAGGUGGAAAGCCCACAUAACCAGCUGCGCUGCAGUCAGGAAAUGGAGCCCUCCAUCAGCUGCGACAAGAAGUUCAGAGCUCAGUUUCACAUCGAUUGGUGCAAGAUCUCUCUGGUUGACAUAAAAAAAGUGGUCCCGGUGUACAUUACCCGUCCCGACCCGGGAAACGGGAUCCUGCCUGAAUUUGGGGAAUACAACCCCCCCUCCGAGACUCUGGUGGGCCGGAACUACUUUUCGGAUUUCCUCAUCACGCUGGCGGUUCCCUCCGCUGUGGCACUGGUCCUCUUCGUCAUCCUCGGCUACACUAUGUGCUGCCGACGGGAAGGGGUGGAAAAAAGAAACAUGCAAACACCAGACAUCCAGCUGGUUCACCACGGCUCCAUCCAGAAGUCCAGCAAGGAGCUGCGGAUCAUGUCCAAGAACCGGGAGAUCUCCUGGCCCCUCUCCACCCUGCCCGUCUUCAACCCCGUCAGCGGCGAGGUGGUGCCGCCCCUUCACCCAGACAACUACGAGACCACCAGCAUGCCCCUCAUGCAGACACAGACGAAUCUACAAAACCAGAUAACGAUACCACAGCAACGGCCAUCAGGAGAUAGUUAUGUCAUGUCAACAUUUCGGAGGCUGGAGGUAAAUGGUAUUCCUGAGGAGAGGAAGGUGGCCGAAGCACUGGAUUUGUGACCAGAGACGACGGGUGUCGGAGCCCACUUUAAUUUCAGCUAUAUCUUUGUUUUUCUAACACUUGUGCCAAUCUGCAUGCCUCAGACGUGUUUACAAAGAUGUAUCGUUCAUAUGUAUUUACACCUUGAAGUGUGUGAAAGAGAUCAAAGGAGCUUAGCUGAUUAUAAAAGAAAUUAGAAUAUUUUGAAAUAUAAAAACGUUUUGGAUUAUUUGCUUUGCACAACGGACCUCUUAGAGGAAAAGGGAGUUUUACAUGAACAUGCUUUAGUUGUCAUGUAUUAAUAAUAUGUAUUGUCAAAUAACAUGCUUUCAGAAUAAAUAAUGUUCAUUAAG